CCGCUGCCUAUCAAAGUUGGCGGGAAAGCGGAGGUGGGGAAGCAUGGCGGCGGCGGCUGUGGGGGCAGCGGACUCCUUCGCCCGCGGCGGCCCAGCGGCUGUGCGGCUGCCGCGGUCGCCGCCGCUCAAGGUGCUGGCCGAGCAGCUGCGGCGCGACGCGGAGGGCGGCCCGGGCGCGUGGCGGCUGUCGCGGGUGGCGGUGGGCCGCGAGCCGCUGGAGCUGGUGACCGUGUGGAUGCAGGGCUCGGUGCUGGCGGCGGGCGGCGGCGAGGCGCGGCUGCGGGACCCGAGCGGGGCCUUCGUGGUGCGCGGCCUAGAGCGGGUCCCGCGCGGGCGGCCCUGCCUGGCCCCAGGAAAGUAUGUGAUGGUGAUGGGAGUGGUCCAGGCGUGCAGCCCUGAGCCCUGCCUUCAGGCCGUGAAGAUGACCGAUCUUUCCAACAACCCCAUCCAUGAAAGCAUGUGGGAACUAGAAGUGGAGGAUUUACACAGGAAUAUUCCUUAGAUGACAUUGGAACCACUGCUAAAAACAGCAGAAAUCCUGAAACAUUUUAGGUUCCGACACCAUGUGGAUUUCACGGGUACCGUCCUAUGUCUGUUUCUUAAAAGUUUCUCAAAGAGCUUAGCUUCGGUUGACCAAGGACUCCGGAGGUAGGAUUUCUAAACGCUGGGACACUCCACUUAACUCGGCCCUCGUGCUCCUUGCUUUGACGACUGUUUGCAGAUGAAAAGCAGAUGUGUGCUCUGUUUUUGUUUUUUUGCUUUUGUUCCCUUUUGGUUUGCGUGUGCUAAUUCCCUUUAAAGCCCGCAGAAAUCUCAUGUUACAUUUUCCACAUUUUACGAGUGCUGAUAACUUUUUCUGUUGCUGCUGUGACCCUGUUUUUACGAUGCAGAAUCUGAAUGUCACUCCUUGCCGGUGGUGAUUUAAUUGUGGUUGUGGGCAGGGAAACAGACUUCCGGAAAUGGGAAUGACCUCAUGGCCCGCCUCUUCUCCCAUCGACAACUUCCAUAUCCAGUUUGCAAGUCAGACAGCGUUUUCCUGCUGUGGACACCAGCAGCCUCUCAGAGACAGUAGACGGUUCUCGUCUCUGAACCGUUUAAGGUACAUUCCUUGGAGAUAUGGAUGGUAACACCUGUCAUUCUUCCUCACUUGGAGAUGUUGAAACACUCGGAAAGUUUCUUGUUGAAACUAAAAUCAAGGUUGAGAAUGACUUUUAGGCAUUAACUAAACUUCUGCAUCAUAACUUUUUGUGAGACACCGUAAGGGAGCGACCUUCUGGUGUGGAAGCUUCCCUCGCCCCCCCCCCCCAUUCUCAGUUUUAUUGAGAUAUAAUUGACAUACAGCACUGUAGAAGUGUAAGGUGCACAGCAUGAUGAUUUUAGAGUUCUUACGUUUUCUGGAUGGAAUGACUUUCUCAUGAUCAAAUUCAGUGUGGGUUUCUGCUCUCUGCUACUUACCAUGCCUUAUUUUUCCUGAGAUUGUAAAUAUCAAGGGAGUCACAUGAUAUUCCUACGUUGCUGUAGAGUUUUGUCGGACUAUGGAUCAUCUACCACUAAUAAAUUAUAUUCUGUAUCUUUUAAAAAAU